GUAGUCAGUCGAACGUCCUGUUCUCAAGUUGUCAAGGCCACCUCGGGCCCGCUACACCUGUCCGACACGGGAGACAGACAGAACAGCUCGGAUGAUGAUCCAUUUGACUCCAAAUUGACUUACAAGAAGUCCACUUUUUUUUGUCCGCCUCCCCCAAAAGGGCAGGUUUUAAAUCACGGCAGUGGUCCUCGUCGAUCCAUCACACAGACAAGCGAGCGAGCGUCGGGAUUAAAGAGGCUGCUGUCAAGAUGAUGUCCUACAUAAAACAACCCCAUUACACCAUGAAUGGGUUAAAUUUGCCCGGCCCGGGGAUGGACGUGCUGCACACAACCGUCGCUUAUCCCUCCACACCCAGAAAGCAGAGAAGGGAGAGGACCACCUUCACUAGAACGCAAUUGGACAUCCUGGAGGCCCUGUUCUCUAAAACCCGCUACCCGGACAUCUUUAUGAGGGAGGAAGUGGCCCUCAAGAUUAACCUGCCUGAGUCACGCGUGCAGGUGUGGUUCAAGAACCGUCGUGCCAAGUGUCGUCAGCAGCAGCAGCAGAGCAGCGGGCAGUCCAAACCCCGCCCCCCCAAGAAGAAGGCCUCCCCGGUGCAGGAGACCAGCGCCCCCGAUCCCGUUCCCAACCCGUCCGGCUCGUUCAGCCCGUCGUCGGCCCAGUCGGGCCCCGGCCUGGUCCAGAGCUCCGGUAGCGGAAACACGGCGGUGUCCAUCUGGAGCCCGGCGAUCUCCCCGCUCCCCGACCCCCUGGCCUCCUCCACGGCACCCUGCAUGCAGCGGCCCUCCCCUUACCCGAUGAGCUACGGCCAGCCGUCAGCCUACGGUCAAGGCUACGCUAGCACCACCUCUUACUUCACGGGCUUGGACUGCAGCGCCUACUUGUCCCCCAUGCACUCGCAGCUCUCGGGCACCGGCGGCGCUCUCAGCCCCAUCACCGUGCCCUCCAUGGGGGGCUCCCUCAGCCAGUCCCCGGCCUCGCUGUCUUCACAGGGCUACAGCACCGCCUCCUCCCUGGGCUUCACCUCGGUGGACUGCCUGGACUACAAGGACCAGCAGGCCUGGAAACUGGGAUUCACAACAAUGGACUGCCUGGACCAUAAGGACCAAAACUCCUGGAAGUUCCAGGUCCUCUAGAAAGCGUCCAUCUUUUAGCAUGAGGCGUGCUGCUGUUUUUCUUUUAUAUGAGUUUCAGUUCAUUUUCUGGCUAGCAUCAUAGAGAAGCUUUUCACCUAAAUCCAUUCGGAUUUGGAAUCCGUUCUGCCAGACAGUACAAACAAUACUUUGGAACCAACAGAUCAAAAAGCCUUGCAGACAUCUUGAUCUUAAUUUCCACUGACUCCAACUCCCUUAUAAAAGCAGUCCAGCAAUCAGCACAGCUGAGUGGCAACUCCACUGCUGAACUAUAUUUGGUCCUAACGAGCUGGAGUCUCCACUUAAAGAAAUAUCCAAUCAUUUGUGGGGAUGCUUUGAAAGCAAAGCUCCCAUUAAAUCCAGUUGAAUUUUUAACUACGGUCCAGAAUAAAUGUUUUUUGACCAAUUUUUAAAAACUCUUUAACCCCAAAUGAGUUAUGCCAAUUUGUGGUCAUUCAUUUUGGCAAAAAAAACAAACAAAAAAUCCUCAAAAUGUCCCGAAAUCUGCAGGAACCGACACAAUAAUAACAGGAAGUGACCCCGAAAGGGCACCAAAUUAACAGGAAGUGUCAUAGGUAUUUACGGACCAUCACAGCAAAGCGACCAUCGCUAUUUCUCCAGAUAUUGCAUUUUCUCAUAUUCGUAUAUUUUUGCCUGUUCACUUUUUUGGCGUUCCAACUAUAAAACGUUCCAAAAAUUUGCACGAUGCAGACACCCCCCCCCCCCCCUAACAUUUAUGGUUGCGGCAAAAAAAGCCCCCCAAAAAAAGCCCAAUUCAUUUCCGAUGGCAGAAACCUUAAACUUUUCAAAUUUCAAGAUGUAUCUCAUUUUGCAUUUUGUAUCCAAUUCAGGGGGAAAAAAAUCAGGAAAUCAAGGCACACAAAAUGGCAUACUGUGUCGGCCACCAACGUACGGUUCCACCCAAAUUUGACCUUAAAAAGCCUCAAAAUCUACAGGAAGGGACCCAGAAAUCCCCAAAAUCAAAAGGAAGUGACCUGAAAUCAAUGAAAAGUGCUCCAUAAUUACCCUAAAUUUAAUUAGGAAGUGACUCAAACUUAACUCAAUGCAAGCUAUACAUAUAAUUUCGCCAAAAAUUGACAAAAAGCUCCGUAUUCAUUUCCAAUGGCACAUUCAGCCUCCACAAGAACACUUCCGUUCACUCCUCUGAUCUGCCCAAAAAAAAACUCAAUUUUUGGUCAUUAUUUUUUACCCAAUAAACAUAGAUUACCAGGCUCCAAAAUGUAUUGGGAAUGACUCGGUAAUGCCCAAAGAUCAUCAGGAAGUGACCCCAAAUCACCAGGAAGUGACAUGUAAGUACCCUAAAAUUAACAAGAAAGUGACCCAACAGUAUAAGGUUCCACCAAAAUUUGACCGUAAAAAGCCCCAAAAUCUACAGGAAGUGACCCAAAAUCAACAGAAAGUGCUCCAUAAUUCCCCUAAAUUUAAUUAGUGACUCAAGCCUAACUCAUUGUAAUCCAUACAUAACAAUUUUAACCAAAAUUUGACAAAAACCUCCCAUUCAUUUCCAAUGGCACGUUCAACUGCCACAAUGACACUUACGUUGACUCCUGUGACCUGCAAAAAAAAAAAAAAAAAAAGCCAUUUUCGGUAAUUAUUUUUUACCAAAAAAACUUCCUCAAUUGCCGCAAAAUUACAAUGACCCAAAAUGUAUUGGUAAUGACUCAGUAAUGCCCAAAAAUCACUCCUCUGACCUGCAUAAAAAAAAACAAAUUCUAUGGUCACUAUGUUUGACAAAAAAUUACUAAAAUUACUAGUACCCAAAAUGUGUUUGGAAGUGACUCAGUAAUGCCCCAAAAUCACCAGGAAGUGACAUGUAAGUACCCUAAAAUGAACACGGAACACAUGACCCAAAAUUAACUCAUUGCCUCCUAUUAACAACAAUAAGCUUCCAGUUCUGUGAAACUGGGAAGACUGGCUGUGACUGUUCAUAUUUGAGUGGGAUUGACGGUGUGGACGUCUCGCUCCAUCACUCCCACUCAAACAUAAUAUAACAAUGAAGUGACCCAAAAAUAUGCCACCAAAAUAACAAGAAGUGGCCCAUUAAGCAAAACAUCCCCAUGCAAUGUCAUUUUCUAGUCCAAAAAGAAUCCUUUCACAACCCAAUAACAAUUUUCUUUUUUUUUUUUUUCUUCGUAUGUAAUUUGUUAACUUCUAUAUAUAUACUCGAGAAUUUGUGUUGCGUUCUCCAGUGUUUGCAUUUAGCGUCCCAAUCAGUUUGAAGGGCGAGAAUUAGGAUCUCCUGUUUGUAGUUGUGUGUUUUAUUAAAAGUGCUCUACUCUGUACACUUUUUUUGUGCACUGAUAAUCAUUCUUCAAGAGUCUGUCCACUCUGAAAUAGUUUGUUCCACUUAGUUACGGGUCAGUAUGAACACGUCGGUGAGCGGUCAUGUCCAAAGCAACAUGUUCGUCAUUUCCUUGGUCUGUCUUGGUUAUUUUAGUUGAUCUGAUUCUGGAAGUGUCCCAAAUCCUCUUAGUCUCCCUAAGUGAAUUAGUUAGGAUUAUUGCCCUGUCCUCCUCUCUUUCUGUCUCUCACCUAUCUUCCUUUUUCCUUCCCUCCUUGUCUAGCUUUUUCUUUUGUCUCCUUUUUUUCCGUUUUAAUGCCUACUAUACGACUUUCUACUUUAUUUUACAUGGCUCAACCCUUUGCUGCACUCCUCCUUUAAUGAUUUGGUAAUUCCACCGUGACCUAAUUACCGCACGCCAACAUUAAAACAUAUAAAUGUCGCGGAAGUUAUGUCGCAAAUGCCGUCCGUCCAAUAUUUACACUAGACAUUACCGGAUUUGUAGCGUGUUAAUUUGAAAUCUUGAUUUAUUUGUAUUUGAUUUCAUUGUGUAGAUGUGUAGAGAGGGGUUGUUCAUUCAUUGUAGAUGUACGCUAAAUUGACACGAAUGCAUCGUUGUUGGAUGUAAUCUUCGUACGCGUAAUAAAAGCAGAUUGCGUUUGUUGCAUUGUGUGGACUC